AGCCGAGGAACAGCGGCAGGUCCUUCAAGACGUUUGCUGGCCACCAUGAGCUUCCUUGUCCGUCCUUGGGUCAAAAGGGACGCACUGGAUGUGGUGCGGCUGGUUAGGGAACUGGCGGCAUCUCACAACGCCCUCCACCAGGUAAAAACCUCUCCAGAAGCACUCCGGAAAGAAGGCUUUGAAAAGGACACCAUCUUUGGGUACCUGGUGGCCGAGGUGCCCCCCGUGCAAAAAAGCAAAGACGGACACACCAUUGUCGGCUAUCAGUUCCACUACUUGAGCUACUGCACCUGGGACGGCCCAGUUCUCUUCGGCGAAGACCUCUACGUGAUGCCGGAAUUCCGAGGGAGAGGAGUUGGCACCGCCUUGCUGAACCGAGCAUGCAAGAUCGCCCUAGAAAAGGGAUGCUCUCAAUUCCGGUUCAUCUCGGCCGAGAAGCAUCAAACUACAACCGCUUUCUAUCACAAGAAAGGAGCUGUGAACGUCACUGACCGUGAUACUUGGCACAUCUUCCGGAUCGACAGGGACCCCCUUGCGAAGCUGGUGGGGGGAGCUGCAGCCAAGCCGAACCCCGUUUCCUCGCAGCUUUAGACACCCCCCCCCACAUUUCCAAUUCUACCCAGAUUAACCAGUGCAAUUCCAAAGGGGUGACUCGAGACCCCCCACCUCUCCCCUACCUGUGCGCAGGUUGAGGGGUGGGAAAAAUGUUUUUUCCCCCUCUUGUUUCUUUCUGGAAGGCCGAAGUUUGACCCUCCCCAUCUCCUUCGACAAGAAUGCAGAAGGCAAAAUACAGAAGGCAAAACACAGAAUGCAGAAAUCAAAAACACAGAAUGCCAAAAUGCAGGCCUGAGGAUGCAGAAUGCAGAAUGAAGAGUGCAGAAUACAGAAUGCAGAAUGCAGGCUUGAGGCGGCAGAAUGCAACCUACAGAAUGAAGAAUGGAGAAUAUAGAAUGCAGAAUACAGAAUACAAAAUGAGGAACGCAGAAUACAGAAUACAAAAUGAAGAACGCAGAAUGCAGAAUGCAGGGCUGAGGAUGCAGAAUGCCGAAGAUAGAAAUGCCGAGCACAGAAUGCAAAAACACAGAAUGCAGAAUGCCAAAUGAAGCGUGCCGAAUGUAAAAUGCAGAAUGCAGAAUUGCAAGCCAGCUGAAAGGGACCUUGGAGGUCUUCUAGCCCAUCCCCGUGCUUGAGAACAAAAUAAAAGCUGGGGGGGGCAUCUUUUUCCUCUCUUCCCCCUCGCGUGGUGGAAAUCCUGCAAGCCACCCCAUGCUCAGCAGGAUUUGAAAGCGAGGCAGAGGGAACAAGGAAAGGAGGAAGGCCCCCAAAUUAAGAGUGCAAAUUUUUUCAUUCACACUCUCUCGAAUUAGGACUUAAUUUGCAGGCCUAAGUAGGCAAGGGGACCGGAGAUUUGGGGUGCUUGGCAUGGAAAGGGGGAUUCUGGGGUGCCCUGGCAGCUGAGCACAGGGACUUGGCUUUCCAAGGGAUUGCAACUGUUUUUGUGGCCAGGGUCUCUUUCCACCGGGAUGGGCUGGAAUAACUGCGAGAAUUUGCAGCUUAGGAGGGUUUAAAUUUUGGGGUUAAAGAGGAUUAAGCUGAGAUUAAGCCAGGAAGAAACCGGCUAGGGAUUUGGGGACUGGGAUUGCAAAUCCGAACCCCCACACUCCCAGCAAAUCUGUUGGGCUCCAGGCUUAACCUGGAGUGAGAUCUAUCAAACCAGGAUUGCAAAACAAACAAACAAACAAACCGGGGCGGCCACUAGGGGGCAGCCCAACAGCUAGAGUUUUUAUUUGGUGCCCUCUGGUGGCUGCCCCGAUUGCUGCAACCCUCAAAAAUCUGCUUUUUUUUUGGCUUCUGAUUCGUGCUGACCUGGGAAGAGUAUUAAAAGAGCUUGUGAAAUGCUUUUU